AGUUUCCUGUCCUAUAGUAUCUGUAUCGACAUGUUCAAGAGCAUCUUAGGCUGCAUUUUUUGUUCUUUCCGAGGCGUGUUUCAUGUUUCAUUACCUGUCUUUUAGUAUUGGUAUUGACAUGAUCAAGAGCAUCUUAGCUUGCACAUUUUUGUUCUUUAUGAAGCGUGCUCAUAGUGUUAAUCACUGACUUUUCUAUUUCCAAAUGAACAUAUAUAAGGAAUACCGUAUUAGCUUGAACUGAAGUGAUCUCUAAUACAAAUCCUGAAUGGAGUUUGCUUUCUAUUUCCAAACCCUUUUUACAUUUUUCUUCAUGUUCAUGGUAAUCAAAGUAUUGAGGGGAUCAAAAACUCCUCCCAAUCUGCCACCUGGACCAAGGAAGCUUCCUAUCAUAGGAAACAUUCUUGAUGUUGUGGGACCAUUCCCACAUCAUACUUUAAGAGAUUUGGCUCAGAAAUAUGGCCCGUUGAUGCACUUACAACUCGGAGAGAAUUCCACCAUCAUUGCCUCUUCAGCAGAAACUGCAAAAGAGGUUAUGAAAACCAAUGAUAUAAACUUUGCUAAUCGCCCUUUUCUUCUUGCUGCACAUAUCAUAUCCUACAAAUCCACAAACAUCAUGUUUUCACCAUAUGGAGACUAUUGGAGACAGCUGCGCAGGAUUUGCAAUUCAGAGCUUUUAAGUGCAAAGCAUGUUCAAUCACUAGGACCAAUAAGGGAAGAAGAGGUCUCUCAUCUCAUCACCACUAUCUCCAAACACUCAGGAUCCCCAAUCAAUCUCAGUGAGCAUAUCUAUGCACUCACGUAUGGGAUCCUUACAAGAUCAGUCUUUGGAAAGAAGUUAAAACAACAAGAAGCAUUGAUAUCACUUAUCAAUGAAGCUUUAGGCAUAUCUGGAGGAUUUAGUCUAACCGACCUCUAUCCUUCUUCUAAACUUGUCGCCUUUCUUAGUGGGCUCAGACCAAAACUUGAGAAGAUUCAUGAGAGAUUUGAUGUGAUGCUUGAUGACAUCAUUGAAGAGCACAAAGCACAACAAGUAGGAAAAGGAAAAGUAGACGUGAAUCAUCAUCUGCUAUUUGAUGUCCUUCUCAAACUCCAGGAGCAUGGCAACCUUGAACUUCCCUUGACCAUGGACAAUAUCAAAGCAAUCAUCUUGGAUAUAAUAUCUGCUGGUAGUGACACAUCUUCAACAGUGAUAGAAUGGGCGAUGUCAGAGCUGCUGAAGAACCCUGAAAUAAUGGACAAGGCACAAAAUGAGGUUAGAAAAGCUUUCAGCACAAAAACAACAGUCGAUGAAAGUGGCAUCCAAUCAUUGGAGUUUCUCAAGUUAAUAAUCAAAGAAACUCUGAGAUUACACCCUCCAGCACCUUUGAUGCUGCCCAUGGAAAACAGGGAGAAAUGUGAGAUCAAUGGGUAUGAGAUUCCAGUGAGGACGAAAGUGAUUGUGAAUGUGUGGGCGAUUGGUAGAGAUCCAAAGUAUUGGAAAGAUCCUGAAAGGUUUCAUCCAGAAAGAUUUCUAAACAGUUCAAUAGAUUACAGAGGUCUUGACUUUGAAUACAUUCCAUUUGGUUCUGGAAGGAGAAUAUGUCCAGGUAUCUCUUUUGGAUUGGCUAACCUCGAGCUUCCACUCGCCUCUCUACUCUACCACUUUGACUGGAAAUUAGCAGACAGCAGCAGGAUGAAUCAAGAUCUUGACAUGACUGAAGCUUUUGGUGUAACUGUUAAAAGGAAAACUUUCCUCAAUCUUAUUCCAACUCUUCGUUAUCCUCCUGUUUACUAAAGUCAUGUUUCUCUUCUCUUGGUUUUCCAAGAUCUUUAGGUGUCUUCAAAUUUCAAAAUAUGCUUCUACAAAAAUGUCUUAUAAACAAACUUUGUUAACUCUUUAUCUUCUAUUGUGUUUGUACAAUCAA